AAAAGCAGAAUUUGUGUUGACGUUAUCCGAUGCAUUUGGCACUUUUGCAUCACAGGCGGACGAAAACAAUCCAUUUAAUAGAUUUUAAUCUGUUUUCUGAUUAAAAAUUUUCAAAGUGGUUGAAUUUUGUUGAAGAAGCACGUUUUGAGUACUGUAAGUAGCCGUACUGCAUUGAUCCAGCUGGUGGACGCAGGACAUUAAUACGACACAAAGAUAAAUGAAAAUGACUGCUCCGCGACUAGUCGCUAGGGCUAGUCGCAGUAGAUUCUUUAUCGGACUCGGUCUGCUGGUUCUGAUGGCCGGAUUCGUAGCAAUCUUUCAUAGUUCUCAGCAACAGUUAGAUGAAUUACGCCAGUUGGGGCUGCGCUGCGAGCAGCAACAAGAAGCGAUUUCUGCGAAGAUGCAAAUUGUAGUUGACCAAAAACUGAGACUGGAAAAUUCGCUGGCUUCAGAGCGAAUGAUCAACGAACAGAAUCGCGUUGAGCUGCAUCAAAAGGCAAAGGAUGAGAAAGAGCAGCACAGCAAAUCUACAAUGGAAGCCAAUAUCCGGUAUGCUUCGUUGCAGCAACAUUACAACUUGAUGAAGAGUCAGUUGGAUGAUUUAACCGAAGAAUGCUCCAAAAGUAAGAAAAAGCAGCUGGAGGAGAUUAAUUCCCUUCGGUUGAAGGUGAACGAACUUCGGGGUAAAGUUUCACUUUAUCAAAAGGAAUCUGCAAAUGACGUGGAACAUCUUAAGGCCCAACUUAGUCAAGUAAGGCAGGACAAAGCUAAUUUGGAAAACACUUUCAACCAAAAGAUGGCAUACAAGGAUAAGACAAUCGAAAAACUAAAGGAACACAAUGAGAAGAUGGAAAAGGAGAACUCCCAGUAUAUUGAAUUGUGUAAGAUUUCCCCGGAAAAGAUGCCUCGUCAUGUCAAAGCUAGUGAGGUAUUCGGAGAGUUACCGCCUGGUAUACCGAACGCUGGGCCCUUGCGAAAUUUUGCCGAACAGAUAUCAGUGAGUGAAGAUUUGUAUAAAAUUCCAGUAGUGUUGCGCAACCGUACUAACAAUUUGGGAGUUUUGCAUGGUGGUCUUGCUCCGGUGUUUGCUGCCAUCGAACAAGACCAAGAAACUCGAGGUGUUAUUGCUAAACCUUUCGAAACUAACGAGAACCUGAAAAAGCCAAACCCGGCUGCCGCAGCCGUUGACGGUGGAGUUAUUAAUUCUGUGGAAAAUUUUCAGAUCAUUCCCAAACCAAUGCCGCUGGUUUCCAACGACGAGCCUGAUGCUAAAAAACAAAGCCCACAGGCUAACAACGUUCUUCAAGAACCCGUGCUGGUUAAAACAUCAACGUCGAUAUCAUCUAUGAACAAGAAAACGUCGGAAAAGAACAGCAAUUUACAGGUUCCCAUCUUAGCUGUUCCAACGGUUGGCGUUCCCGAUGGCAAUAAAUCUUCUUCAACUAGUAGUACCACUCCAAGUAGCGGAGUGGCGAAAAAAACAAGCAACAAACUCCGUUCGAAAGCUCUUCCCGUCGGUGUAGUCCCUUUCCCAGAAAACAUGGAAGAUCUGAUGAAGCCAGAUGAAAACAAUAGCGAGAAUGCAAUCAACAAUCGCUACCUGAAUGUAGCAUCUCAUCAAACGGCCAACGGAUACGACGAGAAGCGAUCGAGGAAUGAUAAGGAUUUGAAUUUUAUGAAUGGAAACGUCGAGCUAGAAAAUGGAGCACACGAAGUGAAUGAUAACGAUUUUAAUCUGGGAGGAGGAGCAAAUAAUAACCAACUGCAGCAGCCCAACUUAAAAGAUGCUAACCAGAAUGGCGAAAAUGUAAAUGCUGCCGAAGAGGAUACCAACCUGUACGAUCAGAAAUUGUUUGCAAACCCACUUAUUCAGCAGCAAUCGCAACAUGGAGAUUACAACGAUUUACAUCACCAUAUGGGUGGUAAAAGAGAGGGCGGAAAGGUUGCCAUUGGGGAGAAAUUAAUAAACGAGAUUGUGCGCGAUCACGGUAAGGAAGGCGAUAACUAUCCCAACGAAAUGGAGGAAGAUUUGCAUCUGGAUGGGCCUCAGGAAGCAGAAGAAGAUGGAGGUGAUGUUGGAGACUACGAUGAUCCAGCCGCAAUGAAACAAGGACAUGCGGAACGCAACUAAUAUGUUCAUUUCCGACUGAUUUAUGCUGGGAAAAAUCACACAAACAAAAAGAUUGUAACUUCAGUUCGAGGUAAGUAAAUCGUUAAGACUGUCACACUAUUGAAUAGUUUGGCAAUAUUGGUUACGUACGACCAAUGGGGAAACACCUGUUGUAAGGCUAUUUUACAUAACAAAAAUAUGAUUCCAGGGACAUAUAGCGUAACAAAAUACUAGCCUAUAUAUUAUAGCAUAGACUUGUAUAUUAAUAUUAACUCUUAUUUGAUUACUCUUUCGGCUUCCAGUACUACUAAGUAAUGAAUACUGUGGAAGCAACCGUUGAUUUCGAGAUGACUGCAAAUCGCAAGUAACAUGUUAAAGUGCACUAAGUAUGCGAGAAAAACUCGAAUUAUUGGGUGAAUUCAAUUUCUUCGUAAUGAUUUAGCAAUUGUUUUCCUAAUCUAUAAAAUCUUUGAUUUAUGCCUGUUAGCCUUACCUACUUGCUAAACAUAAAAAUGUGACGGAUAUUGACCUGGACCUGUAUUAUUCUCGAUAGCUGUGUUAACCCUAGAAUGCGUCUUCGAGUAGUUUUCAAUCAAGUUUAAGUAACUAUCAAGGAUAUUGAUCCUGCGUUAACUACCGUGGAGAAAAAAAAACACUAGAGGGGAAAAGUCAAGACUUACAUGUCUGGUGCGUUGACGUAGUCACUUGCGUAUAAAAGAAAACAGGCACAUGCAACUUAUGCGUGUGUAAUGGGAUAGUUUUUCUAGCUUUGAUAGAUUUGAAAGCUGUGCACAAUGCUCAUCAGAACCAGAUUAACUAUACGAAAAAGAUUGUAUUUGUAUGUGUUUAUUUUGGGUUUUAACCGUUAAGUCAUUCGCCCGUACGAAAAAGAUAUUACCCCUUAAGUAUUUCGUAUAUUUUUUUGCCCCUCCAAAUUUUAUUGUUUACUGAUUGUUUAAUUUCAAUUUGUUUGUCGUUAUUGUUUUUUUUAGUUUUUUACAUCAGAAAAUAUUCGUCCUCUUAGAUCUCUAUUUAUCUUGUAAUUUGCUCAAAAGUGAUUAUUUAGGAACAGCCUUUGAAGGCAGCAAUAUUGUUUUUACAUGCCUUCUAUCGACACAUAAUAUAACAUUUAGUACUGGUAAGUGAUAAAUAUUUUCACAGACGUGAGACUAACUAGCAUAUGUUCUCUUGAACCGUUCCUUUUCCGUUUGCCAUAUGUUUUUCUUUUUUUUUUAAACAUUUGUAUGUAAAGAUGGAAACAGUACCGCACCUGCCUCUUUGAUAAAAAAAAAGAAAUAAGAGAUACUAGGAAACUAUAUCGCUGCAAACUCCACCAGGCGCUCAUGCCACACGAUUCAUAUUUAUUUUUGAUAGUCUCAGCAACUUCAUCUACUAUAGUGUAGGCAUGCAUUUAAAAUGUUAUCCAUAAAAAUUUCUAGACAAAAUCUCAUACCUGAACAUCAACUCGCAGAUUAGUUUUCAGGCGAACUCAAUUAAAACUCUUAUUUUUUAUUAAAAUA